UGUUUAAUGUGGCUUAUUUCCCUUACUCCUAGUAAUAACCCCUAGAGGUUGUUCUAGACACAGGGGAAAUGAGACUCAGAAAGAUUUCCAGCAGAAAUGGGCCAGGCAACCACUGAUUCAUGGGCAAGGCUCCCAUUUUACAGAGAAGGAAACUGAGGCUGAGAGAGGAUGGAAGUCACAAGCAGCCACGCAGGGACAGGCCCUUGGAGUGGAGAGCUUCUCUACAUGAGGGGGAGCAUUGCAUCUGGAAGCCCAGGACAACCCGCCAUCAAGUCCUCACGGACCUCAUGGACUUGGCUCUCGUGAGAGCACACAGAUUCAGAAACAUGUUCAUAGCAGGCUUGAACCGUGCAGAAAAUAUGCCAAGAAAAGCAACACUGGGGGUGGAUAAAGCCCUGCCCGGAGACCAGCCCCCUGACGAGCUAUAAUUGCUGCGCUGAGUCCUGUUGCUGCCAUUCUCGUGGCGGAGGCAUCUGGGGUUCCAGGCGGGCGGCAGCUGCAGGCUGAUCGCCUGGCUCGAGGGAUGGACUGGCCGCAUAACCUGCUGUUCCUUCUCACCAUCUACAUCUUCCUGGGGCUGGGCCAGCCCAGGAACCCCAAAGGCAAGAGAAAGGGGCCAGGGCGGCCUGGGACCCUGGCCCCUGGGCCUCACCAGUUGCCACUGGACCUGGUGUCCCGGGCAAAGCCCUAUGCCCGCAUGGAGGAAUAUGAGAGGAACCUGGGGGAGAUGGUGGCCCAGCUGAGGAACAGCUCCGAGCCGGCCAGGAGGAAGUGCGAGGUCAACCUGCAGCUGUGGCUGUCCAACAAGAGGAGCCUGUCACCCUGGGGCUACAGCAUCAACCAUGACCCAGGCCGCAUUCCUGAAGACCUGCCGGAGGCGCAGUGCUUGUGUCUGGGCUGCGUGAACCCCUUCACCAUGCAGGAGGACCGCAGCAUGGUGAGCGUGCCCGUGUUCAGCCAGGUGCCUGUGCGUCGCCGCCUCUGCCCGCCGCCGCCACGCCCCGGGCCCUGCCGCCAGCGCGCGGUCAUGGAGACCAUCGCCGUAGGCUGUACCUGCAUCUUCUGAGACAGUCCUCCCCACACCCCCUUGCCGAGCAAGGCGAUGAAAAGUAAAGGCUGUCUUUUGUAAAGCAAGAACUUGGGUUUGCUCCUUGUGGCUCUGAAGCCAAAACUGGGUGGGAGGUAGAUUUCAAUCAAUGCAGAGGAAGAUUUUCCAUCACCCAGACUUCUUCAACACUGAGAUGGGUUAUUACAAAACUGUACAUUCAUUUAUACCAUUUAAGUGUUAGUCGCUCAGUCGUGUCCGACUCUUUGCAACUUCACGGACUAUGGCCUGCCAGGCUCCUCCGUCCUUGGAAUUUUCCAGGCAAGAAUACUAGAGUAGGUUGCCAUUCCCUUCUCCAGGGGACUUUUCCGACCCAGGGAUUGAUCCUGGGUCUCCUACAUUGCAGGCAGAUUCUUUACCAUCUGAG